CUCUUUCCACUCCAACCCAAAAUCCCACCCAAACUGAAGCCGGGCCCACCACGCUUUCUACUCCAACCCAAAAUCCCGCCCAAACUGAGGCCGGGCCCACCACGCCACGAACUCGGCUCGCCUUCUGCGCCGCACGUUGGGCCGGCUUCUACACGGAAGCCCAUCUCCAGCUCAUUUAAGUGAGCCAACACUCUCCUCCGUUGGAUGAAGCCCAAGCACACGUGGCCCAAAAUCUGACCCUAUCAGUAUCUCCUAACAAAAUGGCCUGUUAGGAGACUAACUUUUUCGUGGCGGGCCUGUGCAAACUUCAAGCCCAUGAGUCGGCUUUCGUUUGAGGGGGCGUGUAAAGAAGUGGUUAAGCACCACACACGGACCUGUAUAAGAUCCAACAUAACCUUCUCCCAACAACUCGAGUUAUUGAGAUCAACCGGUGCGAACUCCUCAUCAAGACCAAAGGUUGUGACAAGAAAUUGAUCUUUUUGUUAUUCCCCAAGUUUCGUUUUCCCUGUCCCGUUUUUGACGAGUGAUUUCCAAUUUCGCCUCCAAAGGCUGUGGAGUUUGCCACUCUGAUCUCCAUGUAUUGAAGGGUGAGCUCGCAUUUCCAAGCCCGUGUGCGAUUGGCCACGAGAUCACCGGCGAAGUGGUCGAGCACGGCCCCAUGACCGACUCCAAGGUUUCCCACAGGUUUCCUGUCGGAUCUCAUGUCAUUGGAGCCUUCAUCAUGCCCUGCGGCAACUGCUUCUACUGUUCAAAGGGCCACGAUGAUUUAUGUGAGGACUUCUUUGCGUAUAACCGUGCUAAAGGAACUCUCUAUGACGGUGAAACUCGCCUUUUCCUCCGUAACAGUGGGAAGCCAAUAUUCAUGUACAGUAUGGGAGGUCUUGCUGAAUACUGUGUGGUACCAGCUAAUGCAUUGACGAAUUUACCAGAUACAUUGCCUUAUACAGAGUCUGCCAUCUUAGGAUGUGCUGUGUUUACUGCUUACGGUGCUAUGGCGCAUGCUGCUGAGGUUCGUCCAGGGGAUUCGGUUGCUGUUAUUGGAGUUGGAGGUGUUGGCUCAAGAUAGCAAGGGCAUUUGGGGCCUCUGAUAUCAUUGCUGUUGACGUUCAGGAUGAUAAGUUGGAGAAGGCUAAGGUUUUUGGUGCCACACAUACUGUGAAUGCGAUGAAGGAGGACCCGGUUGAAAAGAUCAGGGUAUGUGCUAUAUCUACUUUCAACUUCUGAAUGAAACCUUUAUACUGUUUCACCAGUCCAUCUUGAGCUCUGAUUAUCUGUUAUUAUGUUUCUGUGUGAUGAUUUUUUCAUGAUUUGCCCACAAGUCAUCUAUGCCAAAUCUGAGUCUGAGCGGAGGAUGCUCCAUGAAAUACCUGCCCUCCAUCUUAACUUAAUAGAUUAUGAUUUACAAGUCGGAAUGGAAAUGCUCUGGAUUGAGUGGAUCCUUUCUUCAUGAGACCUGGAAAAAUGUUCUGAGUGGACUUUCAGCCUUUUAAUGCCUUGUUUUUUUCUGUCAUCAAUCAUAUCUUGGAGUGCUGAUAUCAUAUUCUGUGAUAGGAAAUAACUUGAGGAAGAGGUGUGGAUGUUGCAGUGGAAGCAUUGGGCAAACCGCUCACUUUUUCACAGUGCACCAGAAGUGUAAGAGAUGGAGGGAAAGCUGUGAUGAUUGGGCUUGCAAAAGCUGGCUCAGUGGGGGAGAUGGACAUCAAUCAUCUAGUUCGUCGAAAGGUAUGCAAAAAGUACUCUGCAUAUUGCUUACAUAGAGUUUUCUUUCCUGGAAUCAAAUCUAGCAAAGUAACAAAAACCAUUUUCAAUG